UGCGCAGUUAUCUUAAACUACGAAGUUUACGAAGAGAAACGAAGUUUUUAAGGUUUUUUUUUAACGAAAGAAACGGGUAAUAAUUGAAAAUGUCAAUGUGUGAUUGACAAACGAGGAAGUAAUAUAGAAAUUUUACCUGUCGACCUAAGGUAUCAAGGAAAUAAUAACCUAAAAAAAGGCAUUUUUCUUUUCCGUAAUGCGACGAAGACUAAACUGGAGCCAAGAAAUGGGGAAACCGAAGCGCGUAGGGAGAUUUCGAUCGGGGUUAGGGAAAAUCCCCACAGAAGAGCAGAAACCUCAGUCGCCAUGCUGUGCGGCCUUAUUCGAUAUCAACAAAGGCGACGAUAGAAAUAUAUAACGAAAUUAUGGCCACUACCGAAUUCGGAACAGGGAAAAGCAUCGUGGUUUUAGCCAUUGUGGUGGGUUGUUUUGCUAUUUUAUGGCCCAAGAUCUUCUACCCUAUGAUGCAAGCUGCAUUCUCUAUGACUUCCCCCAAACAGGAACACGAAGAUGUUACAUGUCAAGUUAUGUUCGAAAGAGAUAAUAAUUUCUUUUUUGCAAAACUCUGUUCCGACGCGGUAACAUACGAUGAUGUAUAUCUGACUCUGUGUGAUAAAAAAGCUUCGUCCGAUAAACUGUUCGAUGCGAUAUUCAAAAAUUGUCGAAACGAAGUCGAAAACUUUUGUAAUCUCGAUACGUCCGCAUUGGAAAAUUUCGAGGAUUCAAUCGAAGAUAGAGACAAGUCGAGAAGGAAGUUGAGGGACUGCCUGCAAAAACUCUCCCAGAAGACUUACGAUACACAAUAUUUCAAGAAAUUAUUCAAGAAAAUUAAUUACGACAAAGUGCAUCAUGUUGCAUCGGAGAGUUCCUUUGAGUUGAUUGAUUGCUUGAUUGUCGAGGCUCUAAUGUUCCCUUCAUUGAUUUGGUUAAGCUGUUUCAAAUAUUCUCAAGGCGACAGACCUCCUCACUUGCAUCCGGGGACCACCGGACAUUCGAGAUCUCCGGAGAAAGGCGUCAGGGGGACCAGACACGCGGAAAGGAUGAGAGAAGGAAGGGUUCUUACAUGUCAAGUUAUGUUCGAAAGAGAUAAUAAUUUCUUUUUUGCAAAACUCUGUUCCGACGCGGUAACAUACGAUGAUGUAUAUCUGACUCUGUGUGAUAAAAAAGCUUCGUCCGAUAAACUGUUCGAUGCGAUAUUCAAAAAUUGUCGAAACGAAGUCGAAAACUUUUGUAAUCUCGAUACGUCCGCAUUGGAAAAUUUCGAGGAUUCAAUCGAAGAUAGAGACAAGUCGAGAAGGAAGUUGAGGGACUGCCUGCAAAAACUCUCCCAGAAGACUUACGAUACACAAUAUUUCAAGAAAUUAUUCAAGAAAAUUAAUUACGACAAAUAUUCUCAAGGCGACAGACCUCCUCACUUGCAUCCGGGGACCACCGGACAUUCGAGAUCUCCGGAGAAAGGCGUCAGGGGGACCAGACACGCGGAAAGGAUGAGAGAAGGAAGGAAGAAAAAAAUCUUUGCUUGUCUUUCAGUUACAUGUCAAGUUAUGUUCGAAAGAGAUAAUAAUUUCUUUUUUGCAAAACUCUGUUCCGACGCGGUAACAUACGAUGAUGUAUAUCUGACUCUGUGUGAUAAAAAAGCUUCGUCCGAUAAACUGUUCGAUGCGAUAUUCAAAAAUUGUCGAAACGAAGUCGAAAACUUUUGUAAUCUCGAUACGUCCGCAUUGGAAAAUUUCGAGGAUUCAAUCGAAGAUAGAGACAAGUCGAGAAGGAAGUUGAGGGACUGCCUGCAAAAACUCUCCCAGAAGACUUACGAUACACAAUAUUUCAAGAAAUUAUUCAAGAAAAUUAAUUACGACAAAGUGCAUCAUGUUGCAUCGGAGAGUUCCUUUGAGUUGAUUGAUUGCUUGAUUGUCGAGGCUCUAAUGUUCCCUUCAUUGAUUUGGUUAAGCUGUUUCAAAUAUUCUCAAGGCGACAGACCUCCUCACUUGCAUCCGGGGACCACCGGACAUUCGAGAUCUCCGGAGAAAGGCGUCAGGGGGACCAGACACGCGGAAAGGAUGAGAGAAGGAAGGCCUUUUCCACAUCCUUCUGCAAGGCAUCCACCUAAACCUCAACCAAAAACUGGAGGUGCUAUGAGUAUUAUUAUGCCCAUAUACACCAUCGGUAUAGUGGUCUUCUUUUUAUACACUGUUUUAAAACUCGUUUUCAAGAAACAGUCACCAGAUGAUAAAAAACCAUUGGUUAAAGAUUUCCAUAUGGAUCCAGAAUAUCAUAAAUAUGUACUUAGAGAUGAUUAUACCGAUAAGAAAGACAAGAAGAAAGAAACUGUAAAUAUUCAAAACUCGGAAAGUACAGAUAAAACCAUUGACGAGAAAGAGGAUUACGAAAUCUACCAAUUGCGUAAACGAUUACAAGAAAUGGAAGCAACGAUGGAACGCAUUGUUAGCCACAUGGGUCAAGUGAGUGACUGCAUCGCCUCGAACAUAAGUGCAAAUAUUCAAGCUGCAAAUCUCGCUAAAUCCAACAUUGCUGCUGCCAAUUCUACACUAGAAAAUGGAAAAAAUGAAAAUAUAAAGAAAGAAAGAGAAAUCACUCCAAUUAAUAUAAAUGAUAUAACAGAAUGCAGAGAACGGAUACAGAAUUUAAAAACUUCCGAUCUUAGUCCAAGCAUAGACAGUUACGAAAUUUUAGGAAAUUCGCUUCCGCCAACACCCUUAGAGGAAAUAGGACCCGUUAGGUUCGUCUCUUCGGAUACAAGAUCCUUUCAAAAUCUCGAAACCAGUAGAAAUUCCCUUCAUCCGGAAACAAAUGACGUAGCUUCUUUCGAUAGGGAAUCUAGUGUUGCGAGUGAAGCUUCUAGUUUCGAACUGUUAUGCCACAGCAGAGACACCCGUAGUGCUAGCCCAGAAGAGAACGGGCAGAAAGAUGAAGAAUUCAUCAAGAUGGGAAAGGCAGAUAGCGUGGGAAGUAUCGACAACAUCAGCCUCGAUCAGUUUCCCGCGGAUGGUCCGCUUUCCGACCACCAGGAGGAUAACCUUGAUUCACAAGCAUCGAAUACAUCUUUUUCCAGAAAUAAAUAAUUAAAAUAGAAUGACACAUAUUUUUAGCAAGCUUUCAAAUAGUACAAAUAGUAUUUAAAUAUUAAAAUCUAUAACUUUAGAAUUAAGAAAGUUAAAUGUUCUUUGUUAAAGAAUAAUGCAGUCAACUCUCAAAAACUUGAAGAGCUUUCAUUUUAUUGAAUCGGUAUGCAUUCCAAAUUUUGUUCGGUCCAUUGUGUUUUUUUAAUGGUGUAUUAGUUAUUACGAAUAAUAAAUCAACUAACAAAUUCACCGGAUAGUUUAGCAGUUACAAAUAUGAAGAAUAGAUUUUGAAAAUUUGACCAGUUUCCUUAAAUACUAUCAUCAUUAGCAGAAGAUGAAAUUGCAGAUUUUUGAGAAUUGACUGUAAAUUUAAGAUGCAAAUCUGUGAUUUGUAUCAGGUUGUGAAGAUAAAAUAUGUAAUUUUUAUCUUAUAAUACAUUAUACAAUUAAAAAACAAAACUUUAAACUUAAACACGAUAAGCAGAUAUGCAUGGAACUUUGCAUCUAUUCCAAGCAUUUACGGAACAUAUAAAUAUAAAUACGAUAUUUCGCUCAGAACAAAAUUGCAGAUCUGUGCCAAAAUUCUUCUACUUAUAAAACUAAUUACUUUUAACAAAUAUUUAUAAAAAAAAAUAUAUAUAUAUAUAUUUGACUUCUACACCAUAUCAAUCUCUAACUCAAGGUUUCCAUUUCUAUAUAGUGUAUACUACCUAACUAGAAAGUAGCAUAAUACAAAAACAAUAUACUUUUUUGGAGAAAUUUACAAAAAUGCAUGUGUUGUAUACACAUUUUAGGAUGUGAUGUCAGUCGGAUGGUUCGAGAAACCUCAGAAUGUGCAAUUGUACAAACGAGCAACAGGAAUUACGAUAACUUGCAGUUCGUGUACAAGUUUGUCACCAAAAUAUAUUUAUAUAAACAUGGAGUUGCAAAGAGCGGAAACACUUGAGUAUGGUUUACAUUCCAUGCUUUGGUUUCGUUUCCACACAGACACACACAAACACACACUCCAGAUCGAGGCGCACGUUUCCGUCUGUUAACUCGAAAGCAUUCGAACCCACUAACCGUCAUUUCCCGUCAGUUAUUCUCUAAAAUCCUAACGGACAUUUCAUUUUUCUUGAUUUGUUGUAACUAUUCGGCACUUGCUUCUCGUGACGUCAUAAUAACCAUCAUGUUUAAAAUUAUUCUUUAAUCUGAGAUUAAGGAUUGUUUAUUUUAUAAAACUUUAAAUCAUUUGGUUAAGCAAGUUAUUUUUUUUUAUAUUGUAAAUGCUGUUACACAAUAUAAAAAUCAUGUGAUUGGAUUGUUUAAUAAUUUAAAUCAAACAGAUUAUUUAGUUAGUCUGUAUGUCUGUAAACAUAGUUUGUCAUCGUCUUGUUUCUUUAUGUAAUAUUUUGUUAGAACUCUUUAUAUGUAUCAUAUAUCCUCUUUUUUUUUAUAUAUAUAUAUACAGUAGUUUAAUGUAAUCAAUAAAGACUUUUUAACACAA